GCCGCGCCGCCGCAGUUCCCUUCCCUCUCGCAGGAAGACGCCUGCAAGGCUGCAACCCUCGGGCGAACAACGCAAUCGCUUUCUCCGCCGCCAUACCCGCCUCCCGCCAAGCCCUCUUUAUCUCGCCGACCCUCCCCCCCCCCCCCCCCAAUGAGCACCGAUCGCCUCCUCCACCUCCUCCGCGCGCCGGCCGCCUCUCCGGCUUCCGCCGCCGCCCCCGCGGCUCGCCGGGGCCCUACCCACCCGCAGCGCCUCCGCCUCCCGCAGGCUGCCGCGGGUUUGCGGCGCGCAUCCGUGGCCUGCUCGAGCUCCAGCUCCGGCGGUGAUGGGGGAAUGACCUACAAGGGUGCCGGCGUGGACAUCGACGCCGGAACCGAGCUCGUGCGCCGCAUCGCCAGGAUGGCACCCGGGAUUGGCGGCUUCGGUGGCCUCUUCCCCUGGGGGGAUGAUUACCUUGUCGCUGGCACUGACGGCGUGGGGACAAAGCUGAAACUUGCAUUUGAAACCGGUAUUCAUGAUACAAUUGGCAUUGACCUGGUGGCUAUGAGCGUCAAUGACAUUGUAACUUCAGGUGCGAAACCAUUGUUUUUCCUUGAUUACUUUGCUACGAGCAAGCUUGAUGUUGAUCUUGCAGAGGAGGUUAUCAAGGGGAUUGUGGAUGGAUGUCAACAAUCAGAUUGUGUUCUUCUAGGAGGAGAGACAGCUGAAAUGCCUGGUUUCUAUGCGGAGGGUGAAUAUGAUCUGAGUGGUUUUGCUGUGGGUGCUGUGAAUAAGGAUAAGGUCAUUGAUGGUAAAAACAUCAUUGAGGGAGAUAUCCUUAUAGGUCUUCCUUCCAGUGGGGUUCAUUCUAACGGAUUCUCUCUUGCUAGAAGAGUACUCGCCAAGAGUGGACUUUCCUUGAAUGACCAACUUCCAAGAAAUGAUGGCAUAGCAACUACUGUUGGUGAAGCUCUCAUGGCACCAACUGUCAUCUAUGUUAAGCAGGUUCUUGAGAUUCUUAGCAAGGGUGGUGUAAAAGGACUAGCCCACAUUACUGGUGGUGGCUUUACUGAUAAUAUCCCAAGAGUAUUUCCUUCUGGACUUGGGGCAAAAAUAUUUACUGGAUCAUGGGAAGUGCCACCUGUAUUCAAGUGGCUUCAACAGGUUGGAAACAUUGAAGAUGCAGAGAUGCGGCGAACAUUCAAUAUGGGCAUCGGAAUGGUUAUUGUAGUAAGCAAAGAGGCAGCAGAUAGAAUUCUUGAUGAUAGCCAUGGAUCGAAUCCUGCUUAUCACAUUGGGGAGGUGGUCCUGGGUGAGGGGGUUCACUACAUCUGAUCUUUUAAGCCUUUAUAGCGUAGUGGCAUGAGACUUGUUGGUCGGCUGGUCUAAGCAGCCCAGUUUUUGUAACAGCAUAAUCCUGUGGGCUAAGUUCUAGAAUGGUAGUGGUUCUACUCCCACAAGGAAUGCGGGGAUAACCAAAUAAUGUUUAAGUGGUUCCACGGGAGCUUUCCCUUAAACGGCUGCUAGUGUUAUCUGGGGCAUUGGCCUAUCUUCCAGAGAAGAGAAUGGGAUUUGGGAAUGCUGAAAUUUACUAAUUUUUCCAACGAGUAUCACCUUUAUUUGAUAUAAAUUA